AUGGCCUUGAGCUUGGAGCUGAAGGUCAGUUUCAUGUCCAUCUACCUGGCAAAAAUAUUGGAGAAGCUGGGAAUUUGCUUCAUGCUCAGAUUUCUCCAGUUAUUGCAAAGUGGUAUAAGAAUAAAGAAAGUUACCGUAACUGACCUGUAUUUUGGGACCAUACCGGUGAGGCUGUUCCAGCCCAAAGCAGCAUCCUCUGGCCGCGGGCGAGGCAUCAUCUUCUUCCCUGGAGGAAGCGCGUUCAUGGGGAGCCUCGACUUCUACCACAACCUGUGCAGUCUGCUGGUCCUAGAGAUGGACUCCGUGCUGCUGUUGGUUGGGUACUGCCAGCUUCCUGAUCACCACUACCCCAGAAUUUUCCAAGACUGCCUGCACACCUCUAUUCACUUCCUGAAGGCCCUGAAAACCUAUGGGGUGGACCUCCGGGUCAUGAUCUGUGGAGACAGCAUUGGGGGUGGGAGUGUGGCCUCUGUCACCCAGUCCCUGGUGGGAAGAUCAGAUCUUCCCCAGAUCAGGGCCCAGGUCCUGAUUUAUCCAGUGACUCAGGUCGUCGAUUUGCAGCUGCCGUCCCACUGGCAAAACUGAAACAUCCUGUUCUCCUCCCAGGAGUUCAUGAUGAUAUGUAUGUUCAAAUAUAUGGUUGUCUACUUUCAUUGGUGGGAUGCCAUCUUGAACGGUGCUUUCAUACCCCCGGAAGUCUGGAGAAAGUACUAAAAGUGGCUCAGCCCCAACAACAUCCCCAGGAGAUUCAAAAAACCAGGCUACAAACCUCUGUUUCCCAGCCCUUUUAACGAGGCCACCUACCUGGAAAAUGGACAUCUUUUGGAUGUGGCAAAUACCCCUCUGCUAAGGGAUGAUGAGACCAUCACUCAGCUUCCUGCAGCCUUCCUGGUGAGCUGUGAGCAUGACAUCCUCCGCGAUGACACCUUGCUCUAUAUGAAGCGUUUGGAGGAACAGGGGGUCCCCGUGAUGUGGUAUCAUGUGGAAGAUGGCUUUCAUGGGUCCUUGAUGUUUUUUGAUAAGAAGUUUUUCUCUUUCCCAUGCUCCCUGAAAAUUAUAAACGCUGUCAUCAGUUAUAUAAAAAGCAUAUAG